CGUAGUAACCUUACAAUUCACGUGACCAUAACAACCAAAAUUACCGCGAAAAUCCUCUACGACUUCGUAGAUUUGAUACUCGAGACUGAUCACAACUAAAGCGACACUUCGUGAUAUAUUUAUAAUGUUUUGUGAGAAAGCGCUCGAGCUCAUCAGAGAGCUUCAACGGAUGGGCGAUGGGCAGCUGCCCGCCUUUAAUGAGGACGGUAUUCGCCAAGUCCUGGAGGAGAUGAAAGCGCUGUAUGAACAGAAUCAGAGUGACGUAAAUGAGGCAAAGACAGAAGGCAAGAGUGAGCUGAUUCCCACCAUUAAGUUUCGUCACAGCUGCCUGCUGAGGAAUCAGCGCUGUAGUGCUGCAUACCUGUAUGAUCGCCUCCUGCGGAUCCGUGCUCUCAGAUGGGAGUAUGGAAGCGUGCUGCCCACAACCAUCAGAUUUCAUAUGUGUGCAGAAGAGGUGCAAUUGAUAGAUGUUUACGUUGUUGUCGUGUACCUUUUGCUUUAUACACUUAACCAUACACAUAAUGUGCAGACGGAGUGGUUUAAUCAGUACAAAAAGUCGUUGGCAACCUAUAUGAGGUCACUUGGGGGAGAGGAAGGGUUGGACAUCACACAGGAUAUGAAGCCUCCUAAAAGUUUAUACAUUGAGGUGCGCUGUCUUAAAGACCAUGGUGAAUUUGAAAUAGAUGAUGGCACAGUUAUACUCUUGAAGAAAAAUAGCCAGCACUUUUUGCCCAGAUGGAAAUGUGAACAGCUUAUCCGACAGGGAAUAUUAGAACACGUCAUAUCCUAAGAGGGAGAAAAGCACUUUUGUACAAUUCACUCAUUUAGAUGAGCCAUCUGAUUACCAGUUAUCUCCUCUAUACAGACCAGACUGCUUGUGUACACAGGUGAAACUUUACUUGCUGUUAACAGUGAUAAUAGGACGGUAUGAUACAUAUACAACUCAGUGGUGCCACACUUUUUUCUAUGUGAAGAGACAAUUCUUGGAAAAUUACAAUGAUUGAUAUCCGAGUGGACAAUAGUGCAUCAGAAUAAAAAAAAUUGAAGGCAUCUGUAUCAAAACUGUACACUGUAGUUGGAUAUUGUAUCAAAUGUGCAUUAAAACUGAAUAAAAUUUUUUAUUGAAGUGA